GCCAGUGCUGUGAAUAACAUUGGGCCGGCAGCAUGAGCGCACGUCCGUCCAGCAGCGAUGUAGCCGAACAGUGCUGUCGCAAUGUGCUCAUCGAACUGAUCAGCACAGAGCAGCAAUAUGUCGAGGAUCUGAUCAAUGGCAUUGAGCGCUAUAGUCGCAUCUUUCAGCAGCGGUCGGCGUUGCCGUCGGGUCUGGUUGGACAACAGCACGUUCUGCUGUCGAAUAUUACAGAGAUUGCGGCACUGCAUCGGCAUCGCCUUCUGCCGCUGCUGCUGCAGCAUCGCCAGCAGCUGGAGCUGCUCUUUGAGCGCUGGUACGCUCUCGUCGAGCGGGAUGUCUUCUACUGCUAUGUCCUGUUCACGGCUAGCCAACGGGAAAGCAUGCGUCUAUAUCAUUCCCAUGAGCUUUAUUUUAGGCGUAUGCAACUGACAAUGGGAGAUCCGCUGGGCUUACGCAGCUUUCUACUGAAGCCCGUGCAGCGUGUGACGAAAUAUCCAUUGUUACUCAAUAGAUUCAUUCAGGCAUUCUUCGAGCAUCGCCAGGUGAUAUCGAAGCGCAUCUUCGAGCUGGCCUGUCGUCUAGAGACGCGACUGCGCGAGCUCUUGGAGCGUGCCAAUCAAGCAGACCAGCUCAAUGACAUCACGAACUUCAAUGCGUCUUGCAUACUCAACGAGGCGCGCUUCGUGACGUUAGGCGAGUUCCAGCUGAUCGAUGGCCGAUUGCGCCGCUGUUACAGCUGCAAAUUGUUUGCAUUCACCACCUGCUUCAUCUACACGGAGCAAAAGAGCUGCAAACAGGUGGUGCGCGGCACUUUCGCUCUGCCGGAUGUUUGCGUUGUGGCCAAGGCGAAGUCCUUUCUGCUGUGCAACAAGCAGCACGAAUGUGAGUUCCUCUGCCCGAAGGUAUUGGUUAAAAAAUGGGAGUCGAUGGUGCGUCAGCUGCUUGAACAGUUUUUGAGCGUGGCAUUUGGCGAUGUUGUCGCGAAAGCGGAGCAAGGCACGGACAACGCCAGCGGGCAGCAGCAAGUGGUGCAACGCAGCUCCAUCAACCGCACCAUCUGGUACGCGAUGCAGUAACCCAGCCACACAGAAGCAACAUAUUCCUACCCGGCUUCCCUCCCCACGAUGGUAAUAUGUGUUUCUGAACUGAAUCAAAACGAACGGCUGCUACGCGGCUCAAAAACCAAACACACAAACGAAGUUUUAAUAAAACGUUAUCAGAAUUGUUGGCAUAAAUCA